CAUUCACGAAGGGGUGCAGGUGACGUACUGGGCCCCUUCUCGACGUGCUGGGCUCCAGGCUUCGUCCGAAGGUCGAAAGACGUCGGUGACGCGAUGGCGGCGAGGAAGUAUAAAGCUGCGAGAGCUUUGCGCAAAGAUAAGGCUCAAUUCCCUCGCAUCCUUUGGGACGUUCAAAGAAAACAACCCAGUGCCGUCUACAUCCAAUUCAUCCCAGAUGGCAUUCACCGGCUCCGAGUUUGGCGACUUCAACGGCGUCCUGACUAGCAGAAGAAACGCUCUUCGCGGUGCUGUGGUCGACGACUUCAGCACCGGCGAGCGCCAGCAUUACGAGAACUACGACGCUCAGCCGCGCACCGCGGAGCGCAAUCGUGACCAGGCAAACGUCGCCACAUCGGAGUACCAUGCCCCACAGGGCGCACCGAGCAGCGGCACGAACGAAUACGCGAUGGCGCAUCACAUAGGUCCGGCGACCGGGCCUGGUGCGGGGAGGUUCGUCGCUGGGGAGAGAUUAGGGGCAAAGGAGCCGGAGAGCUAUAAGCCACCUGGAGCGCAUGCGAAGCAUAGUGGGAUCGGGUAUGAUGAUAGUGGGCGGGAUCUUGCAGCAGGGAAUCAAGACACGUACGGGCAGCCCUCUGCGAUUGAUAAGAUGCGCGGCGCGAUGGAAGACAUGGCAGGCCGAUUGACCGGAAACGCGGGCCUCGUCGAGACAGGCCAAGAGCGCAAGGCCGGCGAGUUGUCCAAGGAGUAGACAUCGAGACCAUGAAAAUCAACGAAGUGUAUUUGGCGCCUUGUAGAGUAGAGAUGCCUUGUGUUUGGAGCUUCGUAGAAGAAUCGCGAUUCUUGUCCAUGAUGCGGAAA